AGACUUAUUAAGUUUGAUCCAUGACCUGAUUCCCCAUCCGUGCUUAUUGCAGUUGCUAUGGUAAUAAAAUCAGAGGACCUAAGCAUGAGUGAAAAUGAAGACGAGUCAUCUCCCAAUGGAAAGAAAUCUCCCAAAGAGAUAUCGUCUGUUUCCAUAACAACGUCGCGCAUAACGAGACAGUCGGUAUCUCGCAACAAUCCUCCCUCAAAGAGACCUAAGUUAGAAGCGCCCCUAACAACGAGCGUCUCCCUGGCAACGAAUGUCAGCAGCGUCUCUCCUCCUCCUCCUCUUCCUUCUACUCCUAAUGUCAGCAGUGUCAGCAGUGUGCUACCUUCCUCUGUUCAGCAAGAAGCAGGUUCCACGCUACAAGAGACCCUAGCAACCCUGAUCAGCAACCUAGGAGAACUGCAACCUAAUCAGCUAGCUAAACUUGCUGGAAUGCUUUCUAAGAAUCUCUCAAACGGAUCUGGUAACAGUGCACCAGCUCCCCAGUUCAAGUGUGACAUGUGCCCCGCUUCAUUCCACACUCAGAGUGACUACUUCAAGCAUGUCACGUUUAGUCACGAGUCUGAUUGUGGAAUUUGUCUGAAGAGUUUCUCUACACACGCCCUGCUGGAAGAACACGUACAAAGUGAGCACCCUACUGACCAACAACCUCCUAGCAAAAACACAGAUGAGCGCAUGACUUGUCCAGUGUGCAAUGAUAAGUUUUACGACGAGGUGGAACUCCAGGCUCACUUGUACAGUCACAAGCAGAUCUUCCCUUGCGAGCUCUGCAGGGAGGUGUUCGGAGAACACAGGAACUUAGAGCUGCACCUGAAAGCGUUCCACGAACAACACCGGCCCCACACCUGUAACAUGUGCACAGAGACCUUCUGUACUGCUUCAGAACUCUACAAACAUAUCAGUUUUAAACACGAUCUGGACUGCACUAUUUGUAACCAGCCCUUUACUAGUGCUGCAGCGCUGAAAGCGCACAUAAAGCAUCAGCACACUUUCGAGUGUUGUGCUUGUGCUGUCCAAGGAACUGUCAAGAUCUUUAACACGGUCGAGUCGUACGAUAUCCACCUGUCUCACUUUCACAAGGGAAUGGAGUUCUACAAGUGUAUAAAGUGCAACAAACGUUACAUAUCCCUACCGGAGUUCCAGAACCAUGUCAUGGAGGCGCACCAAGCUAAGCCACCUGAAACACCCGACAAUAGUGAAAGUGAAACCAAGCAGCUGGAGGAGGAGGAGAUGAAAGAGAAAUGUCAGUUUUGUGACACUAGUUUUGUCUCCUCUGCAGCUCUACUGUCCCAUGUGCGUGAGAUACAUGACAACUCGUGCGUGUACUGUGAAACUGUCUGCAACAACGGAGGAUUGGAAGAGCACAUGAGCUCUAUUCACUCUAGAAAGUGUGAUAUUUGUAACAUUGUCUACAGAGAGCAGUACUUAAUCCUGGAACAUUUUACUGCAGUUCAUCCUGAGUUAACGUUGACGAAGUGCUGGCUGUGCGAGGAGCGGUUUAUAACAGCACAUGACUUAAUAAAACAUAGCCGAGCAAAGCACUGCAAGGAGCUGAACCUUAACUCCUCGGACAAGACUUCCCAGGACGAUACAAAGCACCCUUGUAAGAGUUGUGAUGAGGUCCUCUCCAGUGCAACCGAGCUACUCACACACAACAAAUUGGAUCACAAUCCCCGGUGUACGGUGUGUAAAGUACAGAUGUCCUCUGCUAGAGACCUGGAUCUGCAUAUAUCCUCUCAGCACUGCAUUUCCUGUGAGGACUGCAGUGACCGCUUCUCUUCUAAGCUAAUGCUCAGGAACCACAUUACGACAAAGCAUCCUGAGAAGGAGAUAUUUCACUGUAGGAUAUGUCUGGAACACUUCUCCAACAAACCCGAGCUAGCCAAGCAUUUCAGUAAACAUAUCCCGGUAUCAGCUGGAUCGAAAACUACUACAGGCUCUGCUAUCAAACAUUACCUAGGAAAGCUGCCUGGAGUGCCAUGUAAGCGACCUGGUGGUGGUGGUGGUGGUGGUAUGUCCUGCGCCAUCUGCAGGACCAAGUUCAGUUCUAUCCCUGAGUACGAGGAGCACGUGCAAAGCGCGCACGAAAAGAACUUCUGCUCCUGUGACAUCUGCUCUCACUGCUUUGUUUCUGAAACAGCUCUUCACAAACAUAUUGAGAUUUAUCACGAGAACAUAGUGUUCUACACGUGCAACAAGUGCCCCAAAAAGACGUUGAGCAAGCCUGAACUUGAUAAACACAUCUCCCUGCUUCACAAGAACGAUUACGAGUAUACAACAUGUGAUGUGUGUCAGGAGAAGUUCACUAAUCAGAGCGACUACUUCAAACACAUCUCCUUCGCUCACGAUACUUCCUCUGAAGGCGGGGUCAACAAGUGCACUAACUGUACUGCCUCGUUUGCAAGCGAGACAGCACUAGCGGAACACCAACUAACAGCCCACCAGAAGAGCAAGUUCUUUGUAUGUAAAAUGUGCGGGGUCAAGUUCACUAGCUACUACAGACUUAGCAGACACAUGAAACUGGAACACAAGGGGAACGAGUAUUCCUGCGAUGUGUGCAACAAGUCCUUCUCCACGGUGCUAGCUCUCUACCGACACCAGAAGUCUUACCACGAGAACGAGCUGGGUGUCAGGAUCUGCCUCACCUGUGGAGCUAGGUUAGCGAGCCAGAAGUUGCUACAAGAUCACGUGGCCCAACAUUUCUCCUCCUCUGAUCUCAAGUGCAAACAGUGCAACAUUAACUUUACUUCAGUACCAGCCCUCAAGGAACACAACCUUUUCCAUCAACGCCAGGAAUAUAGAUGUAUAGAUUGUGGCAAGACGUUCACUACCCAGACUGAUCUGAAAGUGCACGUGUCAGUUGAUCACGUGGGCAUGGUCAUGUGCACUGUGUGUGAGGAAGCCUUCCAAGAUGAGAAAACACUGGAGGUUCACAUGAAGUUCCAGCACUCUUCUGAGUCCGAGAAAACUUAUCGUUUUCCAACACAACAAUUCUCCAGAUGUUCUGAUUGUGGAGACUGUUUCCCAAGUAGCAGGGAGCUAAAAGUGCACGUUACUCUUAAACACCUCUGUCAAUCUCUAACUGCUUCUGGUGACGGUACCCCUAAGUACAACUGUGUGGACUGUUCUGAGAGUUUCACGGAGAAGCAGACUCUGAAAGCUCACAUACAAUCUAAACACACCAGUAUGUUGGCUUGUAAAGGAUGCUUUAUGAUGUUCCACUCCAAGGAGGAGCUAUCUGAUCACGACUGUGGAUACCUCACUGUGCAGUGCAAGCAGUGCUCAAUGAAGUUGCGGAACAAGCCAGAAUUGGAGGAACACAUGAUAUCUCACAUUUCAAUCAACGUUAACAAACAAUACUGUACUCUCUGCAACCAACAGUUCUCCAGUUUAUCAGAGUUAGAGUCCCACGAGUGCAGAGAGAAGGAGUCUGGGGAGGAAGCGACACGUGAUGCCCAUAUAAGGGAAGACUCUACACUGAAAGUAUCUGAUUUAUCCACUGCUGAGCUCCAGCUAUUAUUAGAUACUCUUACUGGUGGACUAGGGAAAGCUCAGAACUCCCCAACAAAGAAACCGAACUCAGCUCUCAACUCUAGUCCGGGUAUAUCCACACCCCUUUCCACCCCUUCUUCAACUCCCGUCUCUACUCCCAUCUGCUCCACAAGUAGUAGUAGUGAUGGUCCUAUAGUAUCUACUCCUACCUCUACGGGAGGAAAGAGUAAAGCCUCCCCCUCUAAAGUGCCCAGCACCCUGGCUGGGAUAAUAUCCUCUCUAUUUGGUCCGGGGAUGGGCGGACUCAGUCCUCAGGCUGUUCUAGAAGCCUUGUCGGAGCUCCCUCCUGCUAAAGUAACGGAACUGCUCACUACUCUGACUGUUAAUCAGGACAUGCUGACCUCACUAACAGGCGUUAGCUCUCUUACUGGCGGGAGUAUGAGCACAAGAGAGCUGGAUUGCUUGCAGAGUACAAGAGAGGGGAUCAUAUCCUCCCUCGCUACGAACCCUCCUAAACUCCCAGACUCUCUUGUUGCUGACAAAGAUGUUAGAAUGAAAACAGCUGAAUUGCCUGCGGAGUUGCCGUGUCCCCGAUGUAAGGACAAGUUCAUCACAAAACAAGCUCUAGCGAGUCAUCUACAGGCUUGUGCUGCUCCCUCUGAUAGACCAGCUCAACAAACUCCCAACAAAACAGCCUCUAAAGGCUCUAAACCUAACUUGAAACUCAUUCACAGACAGCUCUUUAUUGCUGCUCAGAACAUUGACGUUUCUCUUCUAAAUAUCAGCCAGGUGGAGACACUAAUACAAGUGUUAGCAUCAGAGGACGGUAUAAAGAGUGUACCCCAAGCCAGGGUUGUAGAUUUGUUGGACACUAUUGAGAAAUGGGUCAAGAAGAAAGAGGCAUUGGAGAGAGAGAUGAGAAAGAAAGCCAAGUUGUCCCAAUCUCCGUCAGCAUCUCCCAAACCAACUCAAAACUUACCAAUACCUGCCCGCAACUCACCCUUACCCUUAUCAGCUAGGAACUCACCUCUUCCUAAAGAUACCGUCACCAGCCCUCGAGUCAGUAACACUAAAAGUACUACUAGUUACCAUGACAACACUACUACUACAAAUAAGAACUUGUCUCCGGUGAAGCCACCCUCUCUUACAGACUGCUUACCCCCUCAGAUUACUGCUGCUAUCCUACCUGCUAUCAAGGACGAACAGACUGACCUGGGGUUGUUAACUAAGAUCUGUACUGGUAUGGGCGGGUGCAAUGUCUCCCUCCCUGAGUCUCUCUCCACCCAUCUCUCUCUUGCUGUCACCAAAUCUAUCCAGAUCUUGCGACAUCCAGACUCCACCAACAAAAGCACUCUGUCGGAGCUGAAAGCGAUCAUCAUCAGCAUCUUGGGAGAUAAAAGUAGUUCAGAUAACUCAAUAAAACAGGGCAUUAUGAACGUUCUGAAGAGGAACUACAGAGCAAGAGACUUGCACGGAACCACCACGGUGGAUCUGGAUACUUUUGUUCAGUAUUUAGUGAAGGCAGUGUUACCAGGUUUAGGUGAACUCAGUCCUAACUUGUUGACAUUGCCGUUCUUGUUGGACCUGGUGUUGAAGAAUAAUAAGUUCGUGGGACAUGUCACUACUUCUUGUUCCAAAACGUUGAGUUCAGUUUCAGAAACUGCUGUAAGUACCAGUUCGGUGUCAAAUAAUUCAACAGUAGCCAGUUCAAGUUGAAAUCGGAGUUUUUAGCUUACGCGUUGAGUAGUCAUAACGUUUCCAUCUAUUUGAGUCUUUAUUGAUAUUAUGUUUAUAUGAGUUUAAAUUAUUAUUUGUUUUUAAGCCUAGGGCAGAUAUGUCUGUUUUUCGAAUCAUAUUAUCAUGUUGCAUUUUAGCUUUUAAUCACAUUGAUUACCAGUACCACUUUACAAUUUAUCAUCAAUCAUGAGAUUUAAUUUC